UCAUCGCCUCACUUAACAUCACGAAAAUCUCCCGAAAGCCUUCAACAGUCCGGAGCUGAGAGAGUUUUCGCUUCAAAUUCCUCCAAAGCGCAGUCGCCAAUUAUCAACAAUAAGUCGUCUGAAAAAACGUCCCCGGAAAACAGCUCGCAAAAAUUUGCUAGCGCACACGCUUCCAGCAAUAAGCCAAACUCACCAAUUGUCAAUAACGAGCCAAAAGAAAUUUCCAACGAACUAAGUUCGCAGUGUCCCGCGGACCUAAUCAGCAAAGAAUCGAAACCCGAACCCGACCCGGAAGCCACGUCCCAACUCGUGGAACCCGUGGAAAAAACGUUCCCAAGCGACCAGCAAUCCCAUGUCCGGGAAAUCACUGAAAAGUCAAAGAGUGCCGAUGACGUCAACGAGAAUGUACGUCACUCGAGACUCUGUCGAGGAUUUCAUUCGACACUUUCCUCCGGAAAUGAAAGCAAAAUCCUGACGACAGCGUUUCGCUUGAAUCAAGCAUCUGCUGGAGCUGCUUCGGGGAUGUGUUUCAGUUCUGACAAUAUCGUGGCUCUGGGUGGUGCUGAUCAGCAAAAAGGAUCAACAACUGAUGAUUUUGAGACUGCUUUGAGCAGUGGGAGAAGCUCUGCAAAGGCCUCCAUCAGCAGGUUUCCGCUCAACGAUCUUGCAAAAUAUUUCAACAUA